AUGGGGAUUAGGAGAGGUGCAACGGUUGAGGAGGCUGUGAUGAAUGUGCGUAAAAGGCGCAUGCAUCGUGCUGGAAUUUUGAAUGAAAUUGAAGCAGAAAUAACAGAGCUAAAGGAUAAGCAUUGUCCAUCUACUGAGGAUAUGAGUAUGUGGCGUAGGGGGUCGGGAUAUAAAGCUAGUUUCUCAACUAACGAGACUUGGAGGUUACUGAGAGUGAAUUUUACUCAGUGUAGUUGGUCAAGAAGUGUCUGGUUUGCGCAUGCAACUCCUAAGUUCUCGUUCAUAGUGUGGCUUGCGAUGUUGAAUAGGUUAUCAACUAUGGACAGAAUUUCAAGUUGGAGUAGAGGGGUUGAUGAAACGUGUGUCCUGUGUAAGUGUGCUCCUGAAACAAAGAAUCAUCUCUUCUUUGGUUGUUCCUUCUCUUCUCAGCUGUGGGAAUUCCUUGUGAAAGGGAUGUUGGGUAGUGCUUACACAAAUGAUUGGAAUGCGAUAGUAAUCUUGAUCACAGAUCAGUCUAUGGAAAGAAAGAAACUCUUCUGCGUUAGAUAUGCAUUUCAAGCUGCGGUCUAUGCGUUAUGGAGGAAAAGAAAUAAGAUCAAACAUGAUGAUAAGCCAUUGCCAUUGUCAGCUCUACAGAAGUUGGUUGAGAAAGGAGUUCGUAAUAAGCUAAGUCUGAUGAGAAUUAAAGGUGGCAAAGGAAUGCAAGGGAUUUUGCAGUAUUGGUUUGGUGCUAGAUUGUAA